UGAUGUACCCAUCAUAUGACGGUUGAUUCUUUUCCAGCCAUCUUGUCUUCAGUCGCUGUGUGAUCGUUUGUGAUUAACUAUCGGAAACUCCUCUAUUCCAAAUUUUUUCGAUUUCAUACUUCUCAUCGGAUAACUAAAUUAGUAAAAUGGCUGAAGAACCUUUAUACGGACCUUUCUUUGGAGUCAUGGGUUGUGCUGCAGCCAUGAUCUUUUCAGCCCUUGGAGCAGCUUAUGGAACUGCUAAGUCAGGGGUAGGUAUCAGCUGUAUGUCAAUUAUGAGACCAGAAUUGAUUAUGAAAUCUAUUAUUCCUGUCGUCAUGAGUGGUAUUAUUGCCAUUUACGGUUUAGUCGUUGCUGUCUUAAUUGCCAACAGCAUAAAGACGCCAGCACAAGGAUACUCGCCUUACAAUGGAUUUCUGCAUUUUGGAGCUGGCCUUUCUGUAGGUCUUAGUGGUCUUGCUGCAGGUUGUGCCAUUGGUAUUGUGGGAGACGCUGGUGUUAGGGGAACAGCACAGCAGCCAAGAUUGUUUGUAGGAAUGAUCCUGAUACUUAUUUUUGCUGAAGUACUUGGUUUGUAUGGUCUAAUUGUUGCCCUGAUACUUACCACGAAGAUUUAAUCUGGGACUAGGUGUACAUGGGCAGAUUAUUUAGCCAAACAGUGGUUAUCUAUAUUGACUGCACAUGAGUUUCAGCUUUAAAAAAUAUAUUAUUGGUUUCUGUAAAUCAUUUCCCCCUUUCCUGUUAAAAUUUUUUUUGCAAGGGUGCCAUAUCUCUCAAAUUGAUAUCUUUAGUUAUUUAUGUAAAAAAAAGAGGAAUUGGUUUAUAUGAACAACAAUUGAAGAAUUAAAUGUAGUUAUUUUUUCAGCCACUUUCUGAACAUCACAUGAAAGGUAUUUCUUCUCCCAUUAUUGAUGUAUGUACUGGCAGUGUUCUCAAAAUUUUUAGUAAUCCUAGAAAUGGCAUUCUUGCUCCGAUGUCUCAUGGCCUAUCAUUGUCUGAUUAUUUUUUUCUUUUCUCUGCUCUUGUGAAAUUACCUCAGAUUUCUUUCUAUCCUUGUGGAUUAUAUGUGAUGUUGUCAUGUGGCUUAAAAUUAAGAUUAAGAGUGUCCUUGCACAUUCUAAAUGUUCAGAAUGAUUGUUUUUAAGUUAUUGCAUGUAAUAGAAGAUAUGAAUGGAAAUAUUUUUUUCUGAAGUCAUAUAUUAAUAAUUGGUGACAAAUCUGCAUAUCAUCGAAUUUUGUUUUACAUUACAUGAUCUUAAUUUUAUUUGUAUAUAAAAAAUCAUGAUUUAUUCUCUCCAGAGCUCGUUUUAUCUCCAGGCUUAACUUUUAAAGGCUUGUUUAAAUAUUUUAAUAUAAGAUCGUAACUUAUUUUAUUUAUUCAAAUUUAUACAUAUAUGAAUGAAUUCUUUAAAAUCCAUGAAGUGCUUGAUUUUAAAUCUCGAUAAUUAUAUUUCUAUAUUUCUGCUUAUUCAAAUGAUUUUCAAAUCAAUCUAUUUGAUUAGAUCUGAGAGAGAAUCAAUAUUUAAUUUUAAUAAAGGCUUUAUGAAUUUUCUUGUUUUUGCGUUUCAUUUUGUUAUGUGGCUGUCAUUGCCAAAGACAUCUGUUAUGCAGAUUUUGUUAACUUUUAAAAGGUUGUUAUAGAUUUGAGAUGUAUAUAAAAAUAUUUAUUUUCUUUCCCCUAAAAUCUAUUAGCAAAAUAAAACUGUGUAUUUAGUUUAUGUAUCUUGCUGUAAAAGUUUGUGCUUAAUUUUUUUAUGGAUUUGUAAAGCUAUUUUUAAAUAGUGUUAAUAUGAAGUUCUGCCUUGUUAGUAUUAUGUGAUCUUUUCGGUGCGUACAUUCCAUGUGUGUAACCAUGUUUAUUAAAAGCAGUUCUUAAAAUUUUUUAAAAGUCAUGCUUUGAUAUAUUUUGCUAAAACUUGGAAAUGUUUUGUUUUUAGGAAUAUUACCAUAAUAUUUAAUUUCAUUAUAUGUGUGUGAAUGUUCAAAAAUUAUUGUGUGUGUGAGACCAUUUAACUAAUCAUGAAAUAUCAAUCUACACAAAUGUUCAUUUUUUUUUCUCUGCAAAAUGUUAACUGUGUCCUUGGAAUAUAAUAGUCGUUAACUGAAGUUAGUUGAUAUAUAACUAGAAAAAUAAAAUCUACAUUUGUAGACUAUAGUUACCAUAUAAAAAUCUCAUUGUUAUACUAAUUUAGGUGUAUAGAUGUUUCCAAAUCAUAUUGGUGGAAGCAUAUCCUGCAAAUGUAAAAUGUUUAAUUAUAAGUUAUGUUGUUCAUUCAACGUUUUGCAAAUAAAGUAUCAUGAAUUUAUGUGUUGUUACUUCAGAAAAACCUCAUUUCCAUUAAUCUAAUGUAUGGUACAUUAUGGAUGUCAAAGUUCCAUUGUAGGAUGUUGAACAUUACACUUGUGUAAAUAAAAAAGAUGAACAAACUGCCA